AUGCCACGCAAGAUAGAAGGCUUCUUGUUAUUACUUCUCUUUGGUUAUGAAGCCACACUGGGAUUGUCAUCUACAGAGGAUGACGGUGAGGACCCCUGGUACCACAAAGCAUGCAAGUGUGAUUGCCAAGGAGGAACAAAUUCUCUGUGGAAUGCAGGCUCUACCUUAGAUUGCAUACCAGAAUGCCCAUAUCACAAGCCUCUGGGUUUUGAGUCAGGGGAGGUCACACCAGACCAGAUCACCUGCUCCAAUCCAGAGCAGUAUGUGGGCUGGUAUUCCUCAUGGACUGCAAACAAGGCUCGGCUCAACAGUCAAGGCUUUGGGUGUGCAUGGCUCUCCAAGUUCCAAGACAGCAGCCAGUGGUUACAAAUAGAUCUGAAGGAGAUCAAGGUGAUUUCAGGGAUCCUUACCCAGGGGCGCUGUGACAUCGAUGAGUGGAUGACCAAGUAUAGCGUGCAGUACAGGACUGAUGAGAGUCUGAACUGGAUUUACUAUAAGGACCAGACGGGAAACAACCGGGUCUUCUACGGAAACUCGGACCGAAGCUCCACAGUCCAGAAUCUGCUGCGGCCCCCGAUCAUUUCCCGCUUUAUCCGCCUGAUCCCGCUGGGCUGGCACGUGCGCAUUGCCAUCCGCAUGGAGCUACUGGAGUGCAUCGGCAAGUGUACCUGAUGCCAGCGCGACUCGCCCUGCCCUGGGGCAGAGCGGGUGUGGGGGUCCCUUGGCACAGGGCUGUGUUUUACAAGCACUUUUAAAUGCAGAGCUGGGUAGAGAAUAUUUGUUUUUAAAAAGCGAUAGUUUCCAAUGAAAGAAAAUGAAC